AUGGAAGAGAAAUUAAAAGAAUGCAUUCUUCGUUGGAAUCGAGUUGGAAGCCCUGAUACUUUUCGAGACACAACAAUAAGGAGUUUUUGCAGCCAAACACCACCUAUAUCAACUCAGAACCCCGAAUACCUUAUUGCAAGGAUUUCUGGCUUAACUAUGGCUGAAGCUUCAGAUGCCUUGAUGUUGGCUGAAGAAAUAAGGCAUUCAGGAAUAGAGAGAGUUCUAGCGAAGUUAGAAGCGCUCGGACAGAAAAUUCCUUCUGUUUCUGUAUCUAAAAGACCAAGAAAGACUAAAAAAACAAAAAAAUCAGAACCAAAACUUAAAAAGAAGCAAAAGUUAUAA